GGACUUUUCACCAGUUGGACUUUGAAGCCACCAAAAAAAGUAGGUGAAAGUGAGUUGGUGGGGGGAUUCAAAAGUUCCACAUGACAAAUAGAUAAUCAGUAUAAAUAAGAUUAGUUCUUCUUAUAUUGUCUUAUUCAAUGCACACAAACAUUUACCCAAAAUGGCAUCGGCGGUUCAGAAAUCAGCGUUGCUCUUAUGUGGAGACUACAUGGAAGCCUAUGAAACGAUUGUUCCUCUCUAUGUUCUCCAAUCGUUUGGGGUUAGCGUUCAUUGCGUUUCACCCAACCGCAACGCCGGCGAUCGCUGCGUUAUGUCUGCCCACGAUUUCUUGGGCCUCGAGCUAUACACCGAGCUUGUCGUUGACCAGUUGACUUUAAACGCAAACUUCGAUGACGUCACUCCGGAGAAUUACGACGUCAUCAUCAUCCCAGGAGGCCGAUUCACGGAGCUUCUCAGCGCCGACGAGAAAUGCGUUGACCUCGUGGCGCGAUUCGCCGAAUCCAAGAAGCUGAUCUUCACUAGCUGUCAUAGCCAGGUUAUGCUGAUGGCGGCCGGAAUCCUCGCCGGUGGUGUGAAAUGCACGGCGUUUGAAAGCAUAAAGCCUUUGAUCGAACUCUCCGGCGGUGAGUGGUGGCAACAGCCUGGGAUUCAGAGCAUGUUCGAGAUCACCGAUUGCGUUAAAGACGGGAAUUUCAUGAGUACGGUUGGUUGGCCAACGCUUGGUCACGGCAUUAAGCUUUUGCUUGAAUCUCUUGGUGGCAAAGUCUGUAGCUUGGAGAAGAAGCAAGCUUCUGUGCUUUUCCUCAUUGGGGACUAUGUAGAAGAUUAUGGGAUCAAUGUACCGUUUAGAGCACUACAAGCUUUAGGUUGUAAAGUGGAUGCUGUGACACCGAACAAGAAGAAGGGAGAAGUGUGUGCAACGGCGGUUUAUGACCUUGAGGAUGGACGGCAGAUUCCUGCAGAGAAGCGUGGACAUAACUUCUUUGUGACUGCAUCGUGGGAUGAUAUAUGUGUGGAUGAUUAUGACUGUGUAGUGGUUCCAGGAGGGAGAUCACCUGAGCUAUUGGUGAUGAAUGAAAAGGCUGUUGCUUUGGUUAAGAGUUUUGCAGAGAAAGAUAAGGUGUUUGCAGCUAUUGGACAGGGGAAAUUGCUUCUUGCAGCCACUGGUGUUCUUAAGGGGAAGCGAUGCGCGAGUGGGAAAGGGAUGAAGGUGAUGGUGAAGGUGGCUGGAGGUGAGGCUGUGAUGGAAAAGGGAUGUGUAACUGAUGGGAAGGUUGUGACGGCAGCAUCAGCCACGGAUCUGCCUGCCUUUUUGUUUGAUUUAUCAACUGCUCUUGGUCUAACUGUCAUGUUCUAAGAUUUUGCAACUAAAAAACAUAAAAGAUAGUUUGAGUAAUAAAAUCAUAUCUUCAAUUUGCUCAAUUGAAGUGAAAAGAAAAACAAAAGAGCUCGAUUGUAGUGUCUCUGCUUUCAUGAGUUCAUGGCACUCCUAACAAACUAUAUUGUAGCUGCUUCUUGGAAAUAAAAGCAUGUAGUUUGGUGAUCAAGCUGAUUUGUGUAGCUGCUGCUUCUUUUUGACCACAUAAAAGAUUUAGUUUGCAUAGGAUAUAGUGACUAACUUUUGAACCCCUACUCAAAACCAUUAGAUCAAAACAGAAGAAUAUUUCUUAGAAAAGUUAAUAUCUUUUAGCUUGAAUACUCUCUUUUUUUCUUUCUUGGAUUGCUUGUGACACCAUAAUCUUUUUUUCUCUUCUAUAUCAUCAUUCACUGGGUUUUAGCCAUGUCUCUUCUACGUUUUGUGUCGAUGGAAACUUUUAAGUCACCUCAAAGUCUACUUCUAAUACUCGCCUGGAUAUGGAUGAAAAUCUUUGUCCAAGAAGUACUUGACUACUGGAUCACUUCAUCUUUCCCUAAGAUUAAGUGUUUUUUUAAGAAAGCAAUAUGAGGAAUCCAAACUAUUUGCAGUGAGAAGGGAACACGUCGUCAUCUACUUGUUCAUCCUUUUUGAAAUAGCAGAUUUGAUGCGCUUGGACAUUACUUUUGUCUUACGUAAUCAUACCAAAACUUCUCUUAUCAGGGCGUUUGUUAUGAGAAUUUGUUUAGACCUUGAUAUCUUAUGUGUAGUCA